AUGAAAGUUGAAAGCAAGCGAGAGCUCGCAUACCGCUCGGUAUGCGAGAAAAAGCAUGCUUCGUACUUUUUGCGGUCUACACGUGCGGUUUCUCGCAUGCGUCGUCACGCAAGCGAGAUUUUCCAGCACGUGAAGACGGCCGCCGAAGCUGUUGAUUUUUUGCAAGGGGAUAAAGAAGUGGUAUAUGGUUACCUUUUACCGACACUAGCAACUAUAUCUACAAAAUACAACAACCUAAUAAGGGCCGGAAAAUUGGUAUAUUUUUGGCAAAUAAUAUCCCCUUUGCUUGAAGCGGUAAAAGAACGGUUUAAAAAUUUUUAUGAGCUUAAGGAAGAAGUAACUUUAUCUGCUUUAUGCCCAGAUGUGAAGCUGCAAUGGGUUUAUGCUCUGGAUCCUAUAAACGGCGACGCAAAAGUUGCAGAAUUAAGUGAAAAAGUUAGAAAAAUUAUUUCGCGGAGUGCGCAAACGAUACCAUUGACCCAACUAUAUUUGCAAGCGACCGGCACCAAUUUUUCGACUUUGGACGCAGAAGUGAAGUCGCCACAUAUGAAAACUUUACAAUCAACAAAGCGGGAAAGGAGUACUGUAACUACAUUGCAGACCCAAGCACUAACAAGGAAAUGCUUUACAAGUACCCAGCAUUACAAAAGUGCUACUUAAAAUUUAAUACCCCUUUGCCUUCAUCAGCCGCGGUUGAAAGUUUGUUUUCUGCGGCGACAAUUUUGAACUCA